AUGUCUACACUUUACGGUAGCUCCCAAGGGGGAGGGGUGGGGGGAAUUGUUUUGUUGCCUUCGACCGUGGGAUUUAAGAUGGCGCCUGGGCCUUGGGCUGGCCUCCGGAUCGCCUUACGGCUGCUCUGCGCCUCUCUGCUCCUGGCGCGGACUUCAGCGUGCCCCCUGCAAUGCUCUUGCGCCGAUGGCCUGGUGGACUGCAGCAGGCGCCGGGCGACUGAGAUUCCUCAGCACCUUCCAGCGUGGGUCACGCAACUAGAUCUGAGUCGUAACAGAUUAGCUUCCAUUAAUGAUGCUGUAUUUGAUGGUCUUUAUGGACUACUGGAAGUGAAAAUCAACUAUAAUCUACUCACUUCAAUCCCAUCAUUAGGAGUUGUAACAGCUAACAUUACCACCUUGUCUCUAACGCAUAAUCGGAUUGUGAAGAUAAUUGCAUUGGACCUUCAGCCGUACACCUCCUUGGACACUUUAGAUCUGAGUUCAAAUAUGAUUUCAGAAAUCAAAACUACUUCAUUUCCAACAAUGCAGCUGAAAAAUUUACAUUUGAACAACAACCGAAUAAUGAUCCUUGAGCCAGGUUGUUUUGAUAACCUUUCCAGCACAUUGCUUGUCCUCAAACUGAACAGAAAUAAAAUUUCUGUCAUUCAACCAAAGAGCUUCCGGAUGCCUCAUCUUCAGUAUCUGGAACUAAAGCGCAAUAGAAUCCGGAUUAUUGAAAGUCUUGCAUUUCAUGGCCUUGACUCAUUGAAAUCAUUGAAGCUACAGCGUAAUGGAAUAAGUGAACUUAAGGAUGGAGCUUUCUGGGGGCUCAAUGAAAUUGAGCAGUUGGACUUGGAACACAAUAACUUGACUGAAGUUACCAAGGGUUGGCUAUAUGGCCUUAAACUUCUGCAGCGGCUACACCUGAACCAGAAUGCCAUUGCCAGGAUAAGUGCUGAUGCUUGGGAGUUCUGCCAGAAACUGACAGAGCUGGACAUGACCUACAAUCAGCUGACUCGUUUAGAUGAGUCUACAUUUACGGGCUUGAAAUUGCUUGAGAAUUUGUACAUGGGAGACAACAGAGUGAGUUACAUCGCUGAUGGAGUUUUUAGUGGCCUGUCUAACCUGCUCACACUUGAUCUAAGGAAUAACGAAAUCUCAUGGGCAAUUGAGGAUUCAAAUGGUGCUUUCAGUGGAUUAGAGAAGCUGCAAAAAUUGAUUCUGCAGGGAAGCAAAAUAACUUCCAUCACAAAUAGAGCAUUUUCUGGACUAGUAGCCCUUGAAUACCUAGAUCUGAGCAAUAAUGCCAUUAUGUCAAUUCAAGGAAAUGCUUUUUCCCAAAUGAAACUUAAAGAGCUAGUUCUAAACACAUCCAGUCUUUUGUGUGAUUGCCAGUUGAAGUGGUUGCCUCAGUUUCUAAUGGAAAAACAGUUUCAGCACAUGGUUACUGCCAAGUGUGCUCAUCCUGUGUGGCUGGCAGGAAAAAGCAUCUUUAGUGUUGAUGCAGAGGACUACAUAUGUGAUGAUUUUCCAAAGCCUGUGAUCACCACCCAUCCUGAAACGACUGUGGCACUAAGGGGGAUGAAUGUCAGUUUCACCUGCACAGCUGGUAGCAGCAGUGACUCUCCCAUGGCUGCUGCAUGGAGAAAGGAUAGCGAGUUGCUGUAUGACGCAGAGAUCCAGAACUUCUCCAGCUUGCGGGAGAAGGAAGGCGAGUUUAUUGAAUACACCACUGUACUGCAGCUGCGGAACAUCAAUUUUACAGAUGAAGGGCGGUACCAGUGUGUUGUCACAAAUUACUUUGGCUCAAACUAUUCCAACAAGGCAAAACUUACAGUGAAUGAACUUCCCUCAUUUAUGAAAACCCCCAUGGAUUUAACAAUUCGAACCGGUGCAAUGGCUCGGCUGGAGUGUGCCGCAGGGGGUCACCCGAUACCUCAAAUUGCUUGGCAGAAAGAUGGUGGCACAGACUUCCCUGCAGCAAGGGAAAGGCGUAUGCAUGUCAUGCCAGAGGAUGAUGUAUUCUUCAUUGCAAAUGUGAAAGUUGAAGAUAUGGGCAUGUACAGCUGUAUGGCACAAAAUGCAGCAGGAGGCAUAUCAGCAAAUGCCACCCUCACUGUCCUGGAAACUCCUUCAUUUAUGCGACCUCUGGAAGAUCGAACUGUUGCCAGAGGAGAAACAGCUGUUCUGCAAUGUAUAGCUGGAGGCAGCCCCACACCACGCCUGAACUGGACAAAAGAUGAUGGCCCUUUGCUUGUAACAGAGAGACAUUUCUUUGCUGCUGCCAACCAGCUCCUGAUCAUUGUGGAUGCUGGACCAGAGGAUAUUGGGAAGUACACGUGUGUGAUGUCUAACACGCUUGGGACAGAGCGUGGUCACAUUUACUUAAACGUGAUUCCAACUUCGAACUGUGACUCCAUGCAGAAAAGCUCAGUCUUUGAGGAGGAUGGCUGGACAACAAUUGGAAUUGUUAUUAUUGUUGUGGUGGUUUGUGUGGUUGGCACUUCACUGGUGUGGGUAAUUGUUAUAUACCACAUGAGACGGAAGAGUGAGGAUUACAGUAUUACACACACAGAUGAGAUGAAUUUGCCUGCUGAUAUUCCAAGUUAUCUGUCUUCCCAAGGAACACUGUCGGAGCCUCAGGAAGGCUAUAGCAACUCUGAGGCUGGAAGUCACCAGCAGCUCAUGGCAUCUACUGCCCAUGGCUAUAUACACAAAGGAACAGAUGGUAUUUGCUAUGUAGAUAAUGGGAGUGAAACUGAGGCAGACAUUCUGACCACACCGCUUGCAACCAGUCUUCACGGGAGAAUGGGUUCCUUGUAUGCAGGAAGAAGCAGUUUCCAUCCAAGUGAGCCUCAUGAAAGCCUUGCACAGCAGCCCAAUGCAGGUGGUACUUCGGGAUCACUGGUGAUUUGCUCAGAUUGUUUUGACAGCACCAACAUGUAUGCAAAGAACAGAGAGUACUGUCCCUAUACAUUCCUUGGAGAGGAAGAGUCUCUUGAUCAUACUCUGGCCAACUUUAAGGGGCAAUUUCCAAAGGACAGCUUUACAGUACACAAUCAGCAUGAAGGCACGGCCAUAGACGGUCUGACUACAGAAGCUGACAUGUCUGUUUACUUAACAAACCAUGAUAGGAUAUGCAAUCCAACUAUGACUCAACUACAUCGCAUGGAAUCGUGCCCACGGCUUUCACGGGGUUUGAAUGCAGAUUCCGGACUGCACACAUAUCCACAUUAUUUGCACCAACCUGUGAAUGUUCAUGAGAAUCCACGGGCUCUCAUGGAAGGCGAAGAUGAAGCAGAGGAUGGACCUGAACCCUGUACAGCUCAUAGCAGACCAACCCAAAGAAGCUCUGAACAGAGCAUUGACAGUGAGAGGACUCCAGCUGUUCAGGCUUAUGGUGCCACUACGUAGGUCAUUAACGCACCAAAUGCAAACACAUUAUCAGUACUCUGAGCAACGCAACCUUCACCCACUACCUCAAAAUGCUGACACUGAGGCCAAACACACCAGUUGUGUAUGUCUUUGAGGCUCAACAUAUCUUCAUUAUUCUGCACUUUUCAGACUUAAGUUUUGUUAAGGAAAGCAUCCUUGAAAGCUGUGGCAGAGGAAUAAGUUUUUUUCCCCCAAGUGCAUUUUUUUUGUCACUCCCAAUUACAAAUAGUAGUAUGAAAUUCUGUUCUAAAACUCUAUCACCAAUUUCUAGAUGAAGAAAACAACUGGAAGUAAAGAAUGAUCCCUAAAAUAUUGGUAAACUCUCUUAAGUUGUAUAAGGAUAAUAGAAUGUGGCUUGGAAAAAAUAUCAGCUGCAGGAAACUUGACCCUCGAGCCAUUUUUUUUGUGUAGUAGUCUUUCUUGUGACAUUUUAACUCAUCUGUCAAAUUUUUCACUGACGUUAAUAGCCUGUAUUUUCAAGAUAUUGAUGCUGUUCAGCUUGGUGGUUUCCAAACAGGAUCUGGUAUUGUAUAGAUAUUGCAUGUUUUGCAGUUCAUGUGAAUACUUUACACUACAGUGUUGUUAAAAUCAUUGCAAUAUGUAGAGGUUCUAACUGAUAAGCGGAGCGAAUGAUAUUUUACUAUCUGAAUUAAAUUUGCAAUAACAGUUGUUUGGGUUGUGGCUCUGUCAACUUUCGAAUUGAAUUUUUGAACAUUUUUGCCCGUACAAUAGCAAUGUUAAAAAAGAAGCCAAAAGAACAGUUUCUUUUCGCUCUCGAGGUCUAGCCAUUGCAACAUCUGGACUGUGUUACUGGUGUAAAACAUUAUGCUUGAACUGUGCAUUUUGCCUUGGUACUGUCAGAUUAAUGCUGUGGCAGACCUUAAAAUAGCCAUGCUCCAUUUGUAAUGAACCGUCACAUGGCAUGUAUUGGUGUGUUGCAUCUUGCAUGGAAGAUGGGGCAAAUUUUGGUUUGACUUUGAACAGCUGUGGAGCAUAAAAUGAUGCAUUGUUGUGAUUUUGAAAGUGCAAACACUGAUCAGGCAAGUUUAUGGGUUCAAGACCAAGUUAUUCAAGUUUGUUCAAGAUCAGAUUUGGAACAACAGCAUUGACUUUUUGUAAGUGAUUGGCAAACAUGGAAUGUUCAAAUGCUGCUACACCUGUUGUUGCAAAGUCAUUGGUUCACACUUUAUCUUGGUUUUCCCUUAUUAAGUAGCCAUUGGGAGCAAACUUCCCAGGGAAGGGGAAGGAUAUACUGUACAGGUCUGAAACAGUCUUGAAACAGCACCCCCAGUCACAAUUUUUAUUUUUUACUUUGGGAUCUUUGGUAUAGAUUGACUCUUGCAUUUAUAACAUAUAAAUAAUAUACAUUAUGUAUUCAAGUAAACUUGAAUAUAAAGCCUUGUAUACAGUUUAUUUUUAUUAUGGGUUUGAGUGCUUUCUCUGAGAAUUGAUACAGGUGAUGACCACAUGGGCCAGCAUCUUCAAUUCCAUCAAUCUGCCAUUUACAUAAUAUUUCAUGGUAUUUGAAAUCAAGUGAAAUCCAUGAUCUUAUGUGACCACUUCAUUAUAGAUCAAUAGAAUACUGUGUGAUUAGGAAGCUGUUUCCUGGAUUCAGAGGUCUCUGACCUCUAGAUUUCAUAAUUUCCCCAGAAUUUCAGAAUCUCACGCUCAGUCACACAUAAAAGUAUUGGUGUGGUACAUCACUUGGGGUAACCAAAUACUGAAUCUGAUAUCCUGAUGGACAAAUUUAGAACUUGUGAAUUCUGCCUUCAGUUAAGUGCCUGUUCCUUAACUGUCCAUACCUGUAUUGGACUCGCUGUUGAAAACAUUAUCAAACUGCACUCAUACAGUACAAGCUAUUCCAGCUAUUCAAGUGGCAUACAACUUUAAGUGCUGACAUUUAAUCUAUAUAAUACAAUGUUUAAGUGCAUCUACUACAUUUGUCAGUUUUGUCCAUUUAUGUUUCACAUUUGAUAAGUCUAUUCAUUCUAUAAAGCUCUUUUUCAGUUGUAGAUUGCUAUGGAAAAACCCAUCACUUUACUGUUAAAGUUAAUUUACAACGUUUUAAAUUUGGAAAUCCCUCUGAUCUUUUGGCUGGAGACAUCACUUGAGUUAGGUCGAAGUAUUGGAGCCACUUAUUAUCGUUGGAGUCAUCUCUAGUGUACUUCACUCUUUGUUAUUAUAAAUACAGCUUUGUUGGUUGAUCCUAGAGCAUCAGUCAAACGAUUGUAUAUUUUAGCUGCAAUUUAGCUUAAAAAAUGUGUCCAUGGGAACUUUUACUGAUGUCAGGCUGAGACACUUCAAUUUUGAAUGAUCAUAUUGGGAUUUGUACUUGUUCUCUGGAUUGCUAAUUUGGGCUGUUAUCACAAGUGUAGUGAUUGAAGCUCUAGAUUACUUGUGCCCCUAUCCACUAUCUGUGUUCAGUGUGUGUGUGUAUGUGUAUGUUUAAUACAGUAGGCUUCCAGUCAUCUGUCUAAAUUAAAUUGGCAUCUAAUAUGCAGCCACAUUUAUUUCAGCAUACCUAAACUGAGUUAUGACCGGCAAUGAAAUAAAGAAUGGUACUUUGUUAAUAACUGUUUACAAUUCUGCACUGGUUUUUAACCAAUGAUUAUUGGUAGAACACAUUUAUUUGUCCUUGUACUUUAAGCAAUGACAGUAUAUUCUGAUUUGUAGCAUUGGAGUGAUUAAUCAUCUCCAUACCCAAUGAUUGAUUGGCUGUAAUGAAUUAUUACUAAAACGUUCCAUUCCAAAGCAUGUUAUGGCCAGUGAAGAACUGCUGUGGUGAAUUGGAGUUGGUAACAGGGUUUCUGCUCCUUAGUAUGUAAGAGAAUUUUGUUACACAUAAAGUAGGUCACUGAGCCACAACAGGUCUGUACAGUGUUUCUGACAAAUUUCCUCCUGCCCAACUUCAGCUCACUUAUCAGAAUCGGGUUACAUAGUGCUGAUAUAUGUCAUGAAAUUUGUUUUGUGGCAGCAGUAUAGUGCAAUGCAUAAUAAUAAAGAAAACUAUAAAUUACAAUAAGAAAUAUAUAAUUAAGUACUGCAAAAAGGGGCAAAACUAAUAGUGAAGAAGUGUUCAUUGAUUCAUUCAAUGUUUUCAAUGUUCAGUGAUCUGAUGGUAGAGGGGAAGAAGCUGUUUCUGAAAUGUUGAGUGUGUCUCUUCAGUUCUCCUGUACCUCCACCUUUCUGGUAGCAAUGAGAAGAUGGUAUGUUCUAUACCGCCUUUUGAAGUUGUCGUGGAUGCUCAGGAGGCUAGUGCCCAUAUUGGAGCUGGCUUAGUGUACAACUACCUGCACCUUUUUCCAAUCCUGUGCUGUGGCCCCUCUAUACCAGACAGGGAUGCAACCAGUCAGGAUGCUCUACACAGUACAUCUGUAAAUAUUUGCAAGUGUGUUGGUGACAUAGCAAUUCUCCUCAACUCCAAUUAUCUUUAGCUGCUGUUAUGCCUUCUAUGUAAUUGCAUCAAUAUGUCAGGCUCAGGGUACAUCCUCAGAGAUGCUGACACCUAGGAACUUGAAACUGCUCACCCUCUCCAUUUAUGAUACCUCAAUGAGGAAUGGUGUGUGUUCCCUCAAUUUCCCUUUGCUGAAGUCCACAAUCAGUUCCUUGUUCUUAUUGACGUUGUGUGCAAGGUUGUUGCUGCGACACCACUCAACCAGCUAAUUCUGUCAACAAUAGUUGUGUCAUUGUCAAAUUUGUAGAUGGUGUAGGAGCUGUGCCUAGUCACACAAUUGUGGAUGUAGAGAGGGUAGAGCAUUGGGCUAAGCACACAACCUUGAGGUGCGGCAGUGUUGAUUGUCAGCAAGGAGCAGAUAUUAUUUCCAACCCACACUGACUGUGGUCUCCCAGGGAGGUCUGGAGGCCCAGGUUUUGAAGCUUGUUAAUUAGAACUGAGGGUAUGAUGGUAUUGAAUGCUGAGCUGUAGUCAAUAAACAGCAGCUUGACAUAAGUAUUACUAUUGUCCAGCUAACCUGAGUGGAGAGCCAAUGUGUUAGUCCUGACGAAGGGUCUCGGCCUGAAACAUCGGCUGCACCUCUUCCUACAGAUGCUGCCUGCCCUGCUGCGUUCACCAGCAACUUUGAUGUGUGUUGCUUGAAUUUCCAGCAUCUACAGAAUUCCUGUUGUUUGGAGAGCCAAUGAGGGUGCAUUCACUGUGGACCUAUUGCAGUGGCUCCAUGUUCUUGUUAAUGCAGGAGCUGUUUCUAGCUGUGACCAAUCUUUCAAAGCACUUAAUCGCAAUAGAUGUAAGUGCUACUGGAUAAUACCCAUUGAGGCAGCUCACCAUGUUCUUUUUGCCCACCGGUAUGAUUAUCACUCUUUUGAAGCAGGUGGGGACCUCUUACUGCAGCUGUGAGAGAUUGAAGGUGUACUUGACCACUCCCACCAACUGGUUGGCAAAUGUUUUCAGAGCCCUACCAGGUACACCAUCAGGGCCUGACGCCUUGUGAGGGUUCACCCUCUUGGAAGAUGUUCAACCUUUUGUAUUUGGCUCAUCCAAGGCAAGUCAUUGUAUAAUAAUGUACAUUCUUGAAGGUUGUAACUGAGAUACUUCAGCUUUUCUUGAAGCAAGCAUUGCAGGCUUUGAGCAUCUUUCUAGCAACCUUGCAAUGAUACUUUCAGAGGUGAAGAGGUCAUUGUAAGAAGAUGGUUGUCAUGCAAUCUGCCAGAUUACAUCUUGCCAAUUGUCAUGCUUUAUCGAUCCACCGCUUGUAGUAGGUAACCAGUAAGAAUAGACUUAGCUUUGAAAACUACAAUAAUCCCAUAUUUUUGCAAAUAUUUACCUUAGCCAGCAUCUGUAUCUUGGGUAAUGAAAACAGAAAACAUUGAAAUUACUCAAGCUGGUUAGGCAGCAUCUGACCUCAAACGUUAACUUUUCUUGUCUCUGGCGAUGCUACCUAACCUGAUGAGUGUUUCCAGCAUUUUUUUGUUUUUGUUGCUUCAAAUUUCCAGAAACUACAGUUCUUCAUUUUGUUUCUGAGACUUGCGUGUUUGUAUCAUUGCUUUUGAUCUUUCUUUCCGCCACAAGAAUUCAGUAGAUAUUUGGGCAAAACUUCCAAGAACCCACUUCAAAUAUUUGUAUCACUCUGACCUUAUUUGAUUUCUCCAAUUCCUAGAUCUGUCGAGCUUUCAAAUCAUUUCAGACUAGUCUUAAUUUGGCAUCCAGUGGAUCUUGUCUGGUCUGUGGAGUUCUGGUCUAGACAUAAGAUAGUAUAAAUGUGAAGUUGUGGCUGUACAGUUGAGCCAGAAUCAGGAUGUACACAAUAAAUGUGUGGUUCCCAUUCCCAAAGAAAUUCCUCUGUGAAUAUUCUUCAUAACCACAUUCUUCCCCAUUGCAAAGAGGUAUCCCUCCUGCUGGUAAUGGUUGUUGGUUAGGUGAUCAAAUACUCUGGACAGCUUAUUUAGUCCGGAUAUACAGUGACUCUUUCGUGAUGGGCAAUAUAUCUACCCUGGCCCCACUAAGCUAGUCAGAUCAGGUUAAUAGGAUAGAGGUUUUUGAAGUGGUUUCUUGUACUAAGAUUAUAUCCAAAAAAUCUACCAGGUUAUGAUUCAGUCUUGGUAGGAAUCUAAAACCACAAUUGAAUCACAGGCAAUUACAACUAUAUUACAUCAGGAACCUCUGCUAGAGCCUUCUUGCAACAGUCACUAUGCUCAGUAGAAGGCAAUAUUGCUGUUAUUCCAUGUGACCUAACACAUCCAUGCUGAACACAGUGCCCACCCAGCCAAUUCCAAUUUCCUUUGUUAGGCCAUGUUCUUCUAAGCCUCUCCCCCUCCAUAUAACUGUCAGCGUGCUGCUUAAAUGAUAUUAUUGUACAUGACUCAACCAUUUUAUCUGGCUGCCAGUUCCAUAUACUCACGCCUUCUGAGUGGAAAAAGGUGUCCCUUAAAUCCCUUUUUAAAUCAUCUCCUAAAUCUAUGUACCCUACUUUUGGACUCUUCUACCCUGGAAAAAAGACUGCAACUACCCACCUUGUGUUUCUCAUAACUUAAAACCAUUUCUAUAAGAUUGUUCCGCAUUCUCCUAGGUUUAAAAUUUCUUUGUAAUAACUUAUGUGUUUUUCCCAUGUGCAUGCGUGUUUCCUCUGGGUGCUCUGGUUUCCUCCCACAGUCCAAAGACAUUCUGGUUAAUUGGACAUUGUAAAUUGUUUGGUGAUUAGGCUAGGGCUAAAUUGAGGGUUGUGGGGCAGCACGGCUUGGUGGGCUGGAAGGGUCUGUUCCAUGCUGUAUCUCUAAGUAAAUAAAUUCAAACAACCUAUACUCUAUCUAAGCACUUCAUGAGUUUAGUCCAAAACGUUGACUCUUCCUUUCUCUUCGUAGAUGCUGCCUGACUUGCUGUGUUUCUCCAGCACUUUGAUUUAGUUAAUCUUUGUGCCUGCUGUAUGGGGAAUAGCCCAGUGGGGCAUUGAUCAUCCAUGAACAGAUAUAUGGCUCUGAUUCCAUGGUUGUCAUUCACUUGUUGCUGUUUUUCUUUGCUGUCCUUGCUGCCAAAAAAUAUGUUAAGCCAAACAUUUGAUGAACUGCUGGUUUGACUUCUGAUUUUCAGUACCUUCUACAUUGGGCUACAUCACCUCUUAGGCAUCGUGCUUGGAGGCAAGGAUUCACAAUUAUGGUUAUCUUCUCAUUCUCAUUGCCAAAUUAAAGGAGCCAUUGGUUGGGAGGUGGUGGUGGGAAGAGGAAGAGGCAGGUUGUGGAAAGAUACAGAAGCAUGCUGGAAAUCAAAAGUAAGAUAAAUGGGAUCUGUAGACAUGAUGGUUUGUACUUUUGGAGCCAAUACGGGAUUUGAAAUAAGCUUAGUGAAAGUGGUGUAUUGGUUUUCUUGGAGCAGGUGGAUGACGAUGAAUAAACGCGCAUCAAAAUUCUGCAUGCAGAAAUAAGGCCUUUCAGCCUGUCAUCCCUCUGCCAGUUCUCUGGAGCUGAACAACCUUGGUUAUUUUGUGAUGCACUCAGUGCCUGAUCUGAGCAACAUUCAAAGAUAACUGUUUCUUUUUGCUUUAAUUUUAUUUAAAAUACUGUCUGCUGUGAGCCCUUGCAGAUGCUAUUCAAUGAAUCCUCUCAGUGUAAGUACUGUGCUAUGACUCUAAAUCGCUGCCCCAGUUACUCUGCUAUGAAUCCACUGUUCAGGUACUGUGCUGUGAGCCUUCUCUAUGCAGGUACUAUGCUUAAACCUGCAGUGUAUAAAUACCGUGCUGUGAAUCUAAUGCAGAUGCUGUGUGCAACUUGUGUUGACCAGAAUCUAUCCUUCUGUAUAUUUGAUGCUUCACUUGUGUACAUUCUGUAAAGCAUGUGUACAAUAAACCUGUUAAUGUAAAAUAUUGUAUUUCUGCACACAAUAAAGUAGGAA